CGGGAGCGAGGCUGCGGUGAGUGCGGCGCUGACAGAGACGCGCGCGCGCGCGCGCGCGAGCUAGUCCGGACCCCUGGCCACUGCCGCCAUCACCGCCGCCCGCCCAGUCGCCCCCUCAGCCACUUCCCCUCGCCAUGGAGGCGAGGCCGCCGCCGCCGUUGCGGGGCUGCGAGCCACGGACCAGGCGGCGGCCCUGAGGGCGUGUGGCGGGCCGAGACGCCGCGGAGGAGCCGAGGCGGAGCCGCCGUCUUCGUCCCCAGCGGUCCCGCCCAGAGCCGGACUCAUUGCAGGUGGCAAAACUAAAAAAAAGAAGUAUUUAUGGAAUUCCAGUGAGUGGGAAUGGAUGAUGCAGUUCAAAUAACUAAGGUCAGCAUGGAUUCCUGGAUCAUUCUUGUUCUGCUUGGCAGUAGUCUGAUACAUGUCAGUGCCGACAACACAACCACAGUUUCACCUACAAGAUCUGUUGAAGCAUCAGUAGCAGAGUCAGUAAAAGAAGAGACCAAAGCUUCAAAUCCUCCUCCUUCAGUAACAUUUUCUGUGACACCAACAUUCAGCCCAAAUCUAACUCUGGGAUCUACCUAUGUACCCACUGUCAAUUCUUCAGAUUCCGAGAAUGGGACCACAAGAAUAGCAAGUACCAAUUUUGUAGUUACUACAGUUUCACCAAAUGGAACGUGGCUUCCAGAUAACCAGUUCACAGAUGCCAGAACAGAGCCUUGGGAGGGGAAUUCCAGCACUGCAGCAACCACUCCAGAAACCUUCACUCCUUCAGGUAAUUCUGACUCCAAGGAGAAAAGAGAUAAGACUCCAAUUAUUGCAGUGAUGGUGGCCCUGUCCUUUCUACUAGUGAUCGUGUUCAUAAUCAUAGUUCUGUACAUGUUAAGGUUUAAGAAAUACAAGCAAGCUGGGAGCCAUUCCAAUUCUUUCCGCUUGUCCAAUGGCCGCACUGAGGAUGUGGAGCCACAGAGCAUGCCACUUCUGGCCAGGUCCCCAAGCACCAACAGGAAGUAUCCACCCCUGCCCGUGGACAAGCUGGAAGAAGAGAUUAACCGGAGAAUGGCUGAUGACAAUAAGCUCUUCAGAGAGGAAUUCAAUGCUCUCCCUGCUUGUCCUAUCCAAGCCACCUGUGAAGCUGCCUCCAAGGAGGAAAAUAAGGAAAAAAAUCGAUAUGUGAACAUCUUGCCUUAUGAUCACUCUAGAGUCCAUCUGACACCAGUUGAAGGAGUUCCCGAUUCUGAUUAUAUCAAUGCUUCAUUCAUCAAUGGCUACCAAGAAAAGAACAAAUUCAUUGCUGCACAAGGACCAAAAGAAGAAACAGUGAAUGAUUUCUGGAGGAUGAUCUGGGAACAAAACACAGCCACCAUCGUUAUGGUGACCAACCUGAAGGAGAGAAAAGAGUGUAAAUGUGCUCAGUACUGGCCAGACCAAGGCUGCUGGACCUAUGGGAAUAUCCGUGUGUCAGUGGAGGAUGUGACCGUCCUGGUGGACUACACAGUGCGGAAGUUCUGCAUUCAGCAGGUGGGAGACAUGACCAACAGAAAGCCACAACGCCUCAUCACUCAGUUUCACUUUACCAGCUGGCCAGACUUUGGGGUGCCUUUCACCCCGAUUGGCAUGCUUAAGUUCCUCAAGAAGGUGAAGGCCUGUAACCCUCAGUAUGCAGGGGCUAUCGUGGUCCAUUGCAGUGCGGGUGUAGGGCGGACAGGUACCUUUGUUGUCAUUGAUGCCAUGCUGGACAUGAUGCAUACAGAGCGGAAGGUGGAUGUGUAUGGCUUUGUGAGCCGGAUCCGAGCACAGCGCUGCCAGAUGGUGCAAACAGAUAUGCAGUACGUCUUCAUAUACCAAGCCCUUCUGGAGCAUUAUCUCUAUGGAGAUACAGAACUGGAAGUGACCUCUUUAGAAACACAUCUUCAGAAAAUUUAUAACAAAAUUCCAGGGACCAGCAACAAUGGAUUAGAGGAAGAGUUUAAGAAAUUAACAUCAAUCAAAAUCCAGAAUGACAAGAUGCGGACUGGAAACCUUCCAGCCAACAUGAAGAAGAACCGGGUUUUACAGAUCAUUCCAUAUGAAUUCAACAGAGUGAUCAUUCCAGUUAAGAGGGGUGAGGAGAACACAGACUACGUGAAUGCAUCCUUCAUUGACGGCUACAGGCAGAAGGACUCCUACAUCGCCAGCCAGGGCCCUCUUCUCCACACAAUUGAGGACUUCUGGCGAAUGAUCUGGGAGUGGAAAUCCUGCUCUAUCGUGAUGCUGACAGAACUGGAGGAAAGAGGCCAGGAGAAAUGUGCCCAGUACUGGCCCUCAGAUGGACUGGUAUCCUAUGGAGACAUCACAGUGGAACUAAAGAAGGAGGAGGAAUGUGAGAGCUACACCGUCAGAGACCUCCUGGUCACCAACACCAGGGAAAACAAGAGCAGGCAGAUCCGGCAGUUCCACUUCCAUGGCUGGCCUGAAGUGGGCAUUCCCAGCGAUGGAAAGGGCAUGAUCAACAUCAUCGCAGCUGUACAGAAGCAGCAGCAGCAGUCAGGGAACCACCCCAUCACCGUGCACUGCAGUGCAGGGGCAGGACGGACAGGGACCUUCUGUGCCCUAAGCACAGUCCUGGAACGGGUGAAAGCGGAGGGGAUUCUGGAUGUCUUCCAGACCGUCAAGAGCCUGCGGCUGCAGAGGCCACACAUGGUCCAGACACUGGAACAGUACGAGUUCUGCUACAAGGUGGUGCAGGAAUAUAUUGACGCAUUUUCAGAUUAUGCCAAUUUCAAGUAAGGGGUGAUGAGACCCAUGGACAGGAGAAUUGCCUUUAAUAUUUUGUAAUAUUCUGUUUUGUUAAUAUACCCAAAAUUGUGUAUAUAUCUUAUAACUGUUUUAGAAAUUGGUACAUAGGCUUCUAUUACUUAUUAGGUGGAGAUUUUAUAUGUAAAUGUGUUAGCACUGAUAGUCCUUUUUCCAAUGUUUUAUUGGGGAAUUAAAUAGUGUGAUGUUUGGAUUGA